CCAAAAUCCAACCAGAAAGAAAGAGUCUCCAACCUAAAAGAAUUAAACCAUUUCCAUCACUCCACCCUUAAUUUCCUCAUUUUUCUCCUCACUCCAAAAAGAGAAAAAGAAAAAAAUGGAGGCUAAACAAAAUCAGACGAAAGAUGAAUUCAUUUUCCGAUCAAAGCUGCCGGAUAUUUACAUCCCUUCUCAUCUCCCGCUACAUUCGUAUUGCUUCGAGAACAUUUCCCAAUUCGCCGACCGGCCGUGCCUAAUCAACGGCGCCACCGGCGAGUCAUACACUUACACGGAAGUGGAGCUCAUUUCCCGGAAAGUGGCCGCGGGGCUGGACAAAAUCGGGAUCCAACAAGGCGACGUCAUCAUGCUAUUGCUACAAAAUUCCCCGGAAUUUGUGUUUGCAUUCUUCGGGGCGUCGUUUCGUGGGGCAAUGAGUACGACCGCCAAUCCAUUCUACAAGCCAGCCGAAAUCGAAAAGCAAGCCAAAGCAUCCAAGGCAAAACUCAUCAUUACGCAAUCAUGUUACGUCGACAAAGUUAAAGACUUUGCGACACAUAACAACGUUAAAAUCAUGUGCACCGACGCGAAAAAUGACGAUUCUGCCCCUCUCCCGGACGGCUGCCUACAUUUCUCGGAAUUGACCUCCGCGGAUGAGAACGACAUCCCGGCCGUGAAGAUCAACCCGAAGGACGUGGUGGCGCUGCCGUAUUCGUCCGGCACGACGGGGCUACCGAAGGGAGUUAUGCUGACGCACAAAGGGUUGGUCACUAGCGUGGCACAACAAGUUGACGGCGAAAAUCCCAAUCUUUAUUUCUCCAGCGACGAUGUGAUUUUAUGUUUGUUGCCUUUGUUCCAUAUAUAUUCGUUGAAUUCGGUGUUGCUUUGUGGAGUUAGAGUUGGGGCGACGAUAUUGAUUAUGCAGAAAUACGAGAUUAAUUUGCUGUUGGAACUUGUACAAAAGUAUAAAGUGACCAUUGCGCCGUUUGCGCCGCCGUUGGUGUUGGAUGUCGCCAAAAGUCCGGUGGUGGAUAAAUAUGAUCUGUCGUCAAUAAGGAUGAUUAUGUCCGGGGGUGCACCCAUGGGCAAGGAGCUCGAAGACACCGUUCGUGCUAAGCUUCCUAAUGCUACACUUGGACAGGGCUAUGGUAUGACUGAGGCUGGACCGGUGUUAUCGAUGUGCUUAGCAUUCGCUAAGGAGCCAUUUACUGUAAAAUCAGGAGCUUGCGGAACUUGUGUUAGGAAUGCCGAAAUGAAAAUUGUGGAUCCCGAAACCAAUCUGUCUCUCCCUCGCAAUCAGAAAGGCGAAAUUUGUAUCCGGGGCGACCAGAUCAUGAAAGGUUACCUAAACGAUCCGGAGGCUACUAAGAACACCAUCGACGAAGAUGGAUGGUUGCACACAGGAGACAUUGGCUACAUCGAUGACGACGAUGAAAUCUUCAUUGUGGAUCGAUUGAAAGAGUUGAUUAAGUACAAAGGAUUUCAAGUGGCUCCUGCCGAGCUGGAAGCCAUGCUUGUCUCUCAUCCUUGUAUUUCUGAUGCGGCCGUGGUCCCGUAAGUUAUUAUUAUUAGUAUAUUGUUUUUAUAGCAAUUUUUGUAAUUUACAAAAUAUUUUAAAUAGAAUUGUCUUCAGCUUUUUCUAAAUUUUGCCUUCAUUUUUUUAUUACAACAGCAUGAAAGACGAGGUUGCCGGAGAAGUACCCGUGGCAUUUGUAGUGACAUCUAACGGUUCCAAGAUUUCGGAGGAUGACAUUAAAAAAUACAUUUCGAGCCAGGUAAUUUUUGUAGUAAUAAUAACAUAAUGCAAUUUAUUUAUUUAUUUCGUCUCAAAAUAUGAUUCUCAUUUGUUUUAUUAAGAGAAAUAUAAAAAAAGGUUGAUUUUAAAGAACUGAGACACAUAAAUUAUGUGACCCCUAUGAUUUGAAAGCUUUCUUGAAUGACUGAUUAAUGUAUUUUUGUGGUUUCUGGAUGAUGUGCCGCAUUUGCAGCUUUUAAAUUUUGAUGAUAUUGACAUGAAUUGUGAAUUUGGUACAGGUAAUCUACUACAAGAAAAUCCACAAGGUGUUCUUCGUGAAUGCAAUUCCGAAAGCCCCAUCUGGCAAAAUAUUGAGAAAAGACCUUAGAGCUAGGCUUGCUGCCGAAAUUGCGUGUAACUAAUUAGACUACAAAUAGGUUGUAUUAAUUAAUGAUGUUAUUUGGAUGAUACGAAAUUUUAAAUUUGUACAAAAAUUCCAGAGAGAAACUGCUUGGGAGCAUAGGGUUGUAUUCAUUACUUCAUAUCUUUAAUUGUAUUCAUAACUCUUGGUUCAAUGUUUUUCACAGUUGUCUGUGUAAUCUGGAAUUUGGAUUACUCUAAUCAUGAGAUUUAUGUGUUUACUACUUCCAAUUGCAUUAAUCAAUAAUUACCGUCACCUCAUUUCAUAUGAGAUUCAUUCCUUACACACUUAUAGACCCAUUUCGCUUUUUACCAACGAGGUUAGGACCAUGUUCCCACAUAACUUGACAAUUUCAUUUUCACAAAAGAAAAUUUAUCUUCAUACUAUAUUAUAAUUGCAGAAUAACCUUAAAAGGUUGGUAGUUCCUUAUUUAAUUUUUUGUUUAGUUUAUUUAUUUAUUUAUUUAUUUUUGUUGUCUCUCAUCUAAUUUGGACAAAAAGCAUUUACAUUUUUUUUAAUUUAUUUCAUUAUUAU